AAAUGAUAUCAACUGCCAAUCAAAUUAAUAUCUGUUGACUUCAUCUUAAGGCAGUAAACACUCCAGCGUUAAAUUGCUCGCCUUGAUAUCAUAACCACUCGACCAAUGAUAGCCGGUGCAUGCCAAAUAGCAAAAAUGGGUGGGAACUGUUUGUAUAUUCAAAACACUUGUUCGCGUGGUCCUAUUUUAACGUAUUUGGUCACAGAUAACGCCAGAGAUAUAUGAAUCGGAACUAAGAACGGAAGUGGUUUUUAUUGUUCUGAACAAGGACUGCCUGGCACGUGUCUGGCACCGACCAAUAUUGUGUAGAUAAGAUUCACAAUGAUUUGACGACAACUUGCACAGAUGGAGUUGCAAAGUGCAAUCUUGUUUAUUCUUUUGAUAGCUGAAUAUGUCUUUGCAGAUGAAAAGAUUGUUGUUCCAUCAUUCAAACAGCUGAAAUCGUUUUAUCCAGGACAUAAACACUAUGGUGGACAUUUUUCUCACAGAAAAAUUAAAGAAAUGAUCGGCAUAACUGAACCGCGUUUAUUACAUGACACAAGUGCUUUGAGACUAUCUUAUUCUUUGAAUAAAGUUGGUGGCGAUCAUUCGUUAGGGACGAAAAUGAUUCAGUUAUCAACAGCUGGAAAGGACAGCGUCAGUGGCCGAAGUGGACUUCAGUAUAUUUACAACCCAAUUGCAUUCGGACCUUAUUUUGCCGACAAAUAUGGCUACCCAAAUGUGUCAAUUUUACACCAAACAGACCCUAUUGCAACGAAAAAGCGAUUUUACGGCAAACAGGGAAUAUUAGAAAUAAUUACAUACACAAAAAAUGGAAAUAGACCAAGGGGCCAUAUUGUGCUAUGGGACUGUGAUCAUAUUCAUGAAGAGAAAGACUGGAUUUCAAAGCAUCACUUAAUAACUGUGGAAUUCUGGCAGUCGCCUGAUUCAAGUUGUACAGAAGGAAAACGAAAACAAAAAGUUCUCGAUACGAACUUGAAGCCGGUUCCGUUCGGUGUUCCUAGAGUAGACACUGUUAGAUAUCUAAAUGCAAAAAUGCAACAACAGAAGUUACAGACAAUACAUAAGAAUGGAAAAACAUACAAGAAACUUACAUAUGGAAACGAUAUUUUACAGUAAAGUGUUCAUAUGUGUUUUUUCUAUGCAGUAAUGACAUUCAAAGUAAAGUGUUAAAAUCAUUUUACUCAGUGCAAUCAAAAAGAUGUAUUACAGAAUUGGCGUUAUGUGGUGCUAUUAUAUACCUAAGUGUGUUCAUCAAAUAGGCCCUCCCAAAAAUUUAAAGUAGAAAUAUAAUUGUUCGAUGUUUUCAUUCAGGGGACUGAUUGUUAAUUACAUGUAGUUAACAAUAUUUAAGGGCACCUCAAAGUACAUGCUCAAGGAAUUACGACGCAUUUUCCCAUUUAGUGCUUACUUUAUGUUAUUGUUAUUAAACUGUUUUUAUUUGUUUAUAAUUUGAUAAUGCCGCUUUUAUGCUGUAUUAUUGUUGCAUUUAUAAUAAAGUUUAAAAAAA